ACAAUAAUUAUUGUUAAGUAAAUUGCAAUUGAUGUUACUAUUAAGCUAUAUGUUGUUCGGACUGUCUAAAAAUAUGACUGGGGAUCCUCUAAAAGUAGUUUAUUUUUGGAGGAUCUGACACGGCGUCAAAGUACUAUUAGCUACUAAGUAUUGGUUUGGUUAACAUAUAAUGGAAUUUUGUUACUUGUUAUUUUCAUUUGAAGAGUUUUUGAAUUUUGUGGAAAAUGUGUAUUAGGAUGGUUUUACUAUUCGAGAGCUAAUCUUGCUCGGACUUUUUGAAAAUAUUGUUGGAUCUUAUGAAAGUAGUGCAUUUUUAGAGAAUCUGAACCAUCUUAUUUGAAUGGAAAUUGAGUAAUAAAUUUUUUUUAUAUAAAUAUAAAUUGUUAAAUCUCCUUGUUUGAAUAUUUAUCUUUGCGAUUGAUGAAUAUAACAAUAUAUUUGAUGAGUCGGAACAAUAGGAGUGGAUAGUUUGAUUAUGUUUUGUGAAAAAGUGAAUUGCUUAAUUUAGGUAUAAUGUGUGUUCCACUACCAGAUUAUGGUCAAGUGAAUUAGGCACAAAUCCUUAGGAGUUUAGUACAAGUAGAUAUUAGGGAUUUAAAUUUAUCACUGAGAAUUUUAGUUGAUAAGAAUAGAAAAAUAUUCCAAUUGUUGUUUAGAUUCAAUGAUUCUGAGAAAUUUUGUGAUAAAGAUCUGGUACAGUGGCGGAUUCAGGAUUUAAAUUUGAUGAGUUCAACUAUUAAGAUUCGUAUUAUUGUUGUUUUGCCUCGAUAUCUGAUUAUCUUUUUUUGUGGUGUUUGUUUGGUGUUUAUUGCCUCUUUUUCACUGUUUAUCUAGUUAAGGGUCUUUCCAAAACAACCUCUUUACGUUCGAGAAGGGGUAGAGGUAAGGCCUGUGUACAUCCUAUUCUUCGUAGAUCCGACUUGUGUGAAUUCACUGGGUUUGUUGUUGUUGUGGUGGUGGUGGUGGUUGUUAUUUGUACACCGUGUCAGAAGUUAUGAGUUCAAAUGAACUCGUAGCUGAUUUAGCCUUACCAUGAACUGAAAAAUAUAUCCAUUUUUACUUCCUAUAACUACAUUAUGGCUUAGAUGUGCAGAACAACUGUUUCGAGGGCUCGUUCGAAUUUGUAAAGAUGGAAAUGGAGAAAGCAUGUGAAUUUUGCAUGUUAUUGAAGCCAGUGGUGUAUUGUGAAGCUGAUGCAGCACAUCUUUGUUUAUCUUGUGAUGCUAAAGUUCAUUCAGCUAAUGCCCUCUCUAAUCGUCAUCCUCGUACUCUUGUCUGCGAGUGUUGUGGACACAACCCUGCUUAUAUUCGAUGUUCUGAUCAUCAAACGUUCAUGUGUCGUGACUGUGACCGAUGCCAUCAUGAUCUCUCUUCUCAACACCAGAGAAAAGUGAUCACUAGUUACAUGGGAUCUCCUUCUGCUAAGGAUUUGGCAGCAUUAUGGGGAUUUGGCUUGAAAGAUUUGGAAAAUGCCACUCCACCAGAUCAGUUCAUCUCAACAUCGAAUGGUAAAGCGAAUGGAGUUAAGGUCAUUUCAAAAAAAUUUAAACGGUCUCACUCAUCACCAGGGGGCUCUUCCUUAGCUUCUGAACUCGACUUCACAGGUCUCGUUGUUUCUCCUGAAUCAGAAGUGGGAUCAACUAGUUACUACACUAAGGUGUUAAGCUUGCGUAAACGGAGAGAGAAUACUUCUCUUAUUCUACAGCAGAUUCUUGACUUGGAAAGACUUCAGCUGACUGAGGGCAGUAACAAUUUAACAAGUGGAGAAAGUCGAAAUAAUGUUUCUUCAUUGAAAAAUUGUACAUCAUGGAAUAUGCAUAACAAAUUUGAUUGCUUGCAGAGUUCACUUGAUCUUGGCCCUGAACUUCAGGAUUGGGGCAGUACUCAUGAAAGUCCAGUUGAUGAAUCGUUUCCAUUACCGUUGCCUGAUGGUGAUUCGUUUUGGGAAUGUAAAAGUCCGGUUCAGAGUAGUCAGCUUUGGCCUCAAAAUCUGCAAGAUCUAGGAGCUUAUGCUGAACUAGAACGUUUCGAUAAUUCCAAUAUGCCUGAUGUUGAUUUGACCUUCCAAAACUUUGAAGAACUCUUCGGUGAGGAUCAGUAUCUGAACAACACUCUUCUCGAGGAGGAUAUGACAUGUUCAUCUAUGGAGAAUGAUUCAUCGAUCGAUAGAUCAGAUUACAGCUACGUUAAGAAGGACAUAUCAACAGCUUCAUCGGUUCGUACAGGACAUUCAACUCACUUUGGCCAAGCCCACGGUGAGCACAUUCCCACGAUCAAGGACUGUCCUCCGCCUAUAAGAACAAACUUUUCCUCCUUGUCCUUCUCAGCAUCAAGGCUGAGCAGUGAAAGCAGUGGUAACGAGUACGUGGAUUCACCAGCUGCCAACGAUCAGGAGGUUUCAUGUAAUUCACAGAUGGACAGUAAAAAGAAGGCUAGGCUUUCUGUAUUCAGGUAUGAGAAACAAGCUCGGAAUACACCUCGAAGAGCUAGGACUAACUUUAAGAAGCAGCAUGUCCUGAAGGCACAUUGCUAUGAAACAGAUGCACUUAAUAUGUCACGAAGCUUUUAAAAAAGGUCGCGAUGGUUGAACGUGUUGUGAGACUUGUGUAUAUACAUACCAUCAAGCAUCACCUCAGUAGCUCAAGAAUAUCGUUUCGAAAAUCUGUUGUAUGUCUCUCCUGUUAAUUCCUUCUUCUUUACAUUGUGUAAAGCCUAAUUUUGUAUUCUCACAGAAAAUGGGAUGAUAGGUUUCAUACUGGUUCUUUUUAAUGUUUGUGGACUGUUGUUAUCAUUCUCUUAAAGACAUUUUUUAUGUCAUUUGCCAUUCUUUCUCU